AUGGAGAGUGAGUUCCUCGAGCCAAUAUUCUCCCGACCCAGAGUCAAGAAGAGCGUCCUACCGCCCCUGCAGAAGAAGAGAAAGAAGGAUCAUGCGAUUGAGGAGAUAUCCUUCGACAACAGCGCCAGGGAGGAAUACCUUACCGGGUUUCACAAGCGCAAACUACAAAGGAAAAAAUAUGCCGAGGAACAGGCCGCGGAGAAGGCAAGACAAGAGAAGAUCGAGUUGAGGAAACAGAUCAGGGAUGAACGAAAGCAAGCUGUCGAGGAUCAUGUGAAGAAUGUCGAAGCCCUAUUGAAGGAGGCCCAAGUGGCUGGUAUGGGCUCUGACGCCGAGUCAAACAAUGAUGAAGGCGAGGAAGAAUGGGGUGGCUUUCAGGACGAGGCUCCUGCCUUGGAGCCUGUGGAUCAUGAAGAGGAAUACAUCGACGAAGAUCGUUAUACCACGGUCACAGUCGAGUCUGUGAUGGUCGACAGAGAUGGAUUACACAAACCCGAGCAAAUUGAAUCGGGUAACGAAGACGAGGAGGAAGAUGGCAAAGAAAAGGUCAGCAAAGACACAGAAUCAACGUCUGGAAAGGACCAAAAGAAGCAUCCUCCCAAGAAGAAGAAAAAGAAGUUUCGUUACGAAUCAAAAUUAGACAGGCAGGCGUCAGACAGGAAAAACAAGGCCAGGAAAGGAAGGCCACAGCGGUAG